UUGCGCCAUCCCCAGUCAACCUUCAAAACGAGCGAAUACAACGUCGGCCGGAGCCUGCGGGCGAACCGACAGACCUCUCCACCUCCAUCCACCACGCAAUCACACACAUCCAUGGCCGAUCAAGCAGGAGGCGCCGCAGCCCCCAAGCCGAGCAGCAGCGUCAAGCUUGUGCUGCUUGGAGAGGCGGCCGUAGGCAAGUCAUCUCUCGUUCUGCGCUUCGUCAACGACGACUUCCAACCGAAUAAGGAACCCACCAUCGGCGCCGCCUUCCUUACCCAGAAAUGCCAGCUGCCGACCCGCACAAUUAAGUUCGAGAUAUGGGACACCGCAGGGCAGGAGCGAUUCGCGAGUCUGGCACCCAUGUAUUACCGCAACGCACAAUCCGCCCUCGUCGUCUACGAUAUCACGAAGCCCAGCAGUCUGACAAAAGCCAAGCACUGGGUGGCCGAGCUUCAGCGGCAAGCCUCGCCCGGCAUUGUCAUUGCCCUUGUGGGCAACAAGCUGGACCUGUGCGACGACGACAACGCUGCGACAGACGCUCAAGAUGCCGAGGCCGAGAAUGAGACCGAGGAAGACGCAGGGACGGUGCGCAAGGUCACCACCAAGGAAGCGAAGUCGUAUGCGGAUGAGGAGAACCUGUUGUUCUUCGAGACAAGCGCCAAGACCGGACAUAACGUGAGCGAGGUCUUCACGGCUAUCGCUAAUGCUAUUCCGGAGACAAGCUUAAAGGGCCCAAGAGCCGGUGCAGGCGGCGGUACACAAGCUGCGAUCAAUGGAGGUCAGAACAACAGCAGUGUCAAUCUGAAUGCGAGAGGUGAAGCAGGGCCAAAGGAGGGAUGCGCGUGUUAGAUUCGAUGCAGAUGCAUUCAGCACCGCGUCCCGGGAGUCGUCAUCGGCUGCCUUGUGGCGGGAUCGGACUACCAUGUGAAGCUUGUCAUGUCUUAGCAAUGGUGCGUAGAGAGCUUGCCCUCGAUCUCACGUUCUGCACGCUGAAUGCCUGCCCCCGCCAAAUCACAUCCAAUAUCAUUAUCCGCGAAGUCGGCAAUAGGUGCGAAGUAAUACCCUACCACGACUGUGAGAACAGGGAUAUGGCGCGAACUCUCAACCUCUGCUUCUUUUUGGGGCAAGAUCGCGGCUUGGAGCCGGCACGAUCGCACAGAUAAUUGUCGCUCGUUCGACGAACUCUAGACUGCAUAUCAGUCGCUGAUGCUAGGUAUUUGAAUCAAUCAACCGAUCAUCAUGGC